CAGCUUUCAACCACACUUGGUGCUGCCCACGGCCAGCCACGAUGCACCAUGUCAACCAACGCUCAGCCGGUCAAGCUCUCUCUUCCCCUUGAAUACCAACAGAGCCUGUUCCAGGAGCUGCGGAAUGAAGAUGAGCUCGUCGUCCUCGCCCGUGGGCUGGGGCUCAUGAGGCUCGUCACAAACCUGCUUCACUCUUAUGAUGCCGCAGGAAAUAAUCUGAUUAUCCUCGUCGGGGCCGAGGAUCGCGAAAACAACUGGAUCGGAGAAGCGUUAGCCGAGCAUGCCGCAAUCAGCCAGUCGCCCAACGCGAGGGGGCUCACGGUCGUCAACACCGACUUCACCAGUGUCGGCGCAAGAGAAAAGAUGUACACUCGUGGUGGAAUCUUUAGCAUCACAUCGCGGAUCCUCGUCGUUGACCUUCUGACGAAUCUCCUCGACACCGAGAAAGUCACCGGCCUCAUCGUUUUACACGCCGAUCGCGUAGUGGCUACGUCGCUCGAGGCAUUCAUUCUGCGGAUCUAUCGACAAAAAAACAAGGCUGGGUUUCUUAAAGCAUUCGCCGAUAAUCCCGAUCCAUUUUCGACAGGCUUCUCGCCAUUGACCACCAUGAUGAGGAACCUCUUCCUGAGAAAGGCCUCAUUAUGGCCACGCUUCCACGUUACGGUAGCAGAGUCUUUGGAGGGCAAGAAGACGGCAGAGGUGAUCGAGUUGAACAUCUCAAUGAGCGAGCCCAUGCGGGACAUUCAAAACGCCAUUCUGGAGUGUGUUGAAGUCAGCAUCCACGAGCUGAAGAAGGGCAACACGGGCCUGGAGAUGGAGGAUUGGAACCUCGACAGCGCCCUACACAAGAACUUUGACGUGAUCAUAAGAAGGCAGCUCGACCCUAACUGGCAUAGAGUUAGCUGGAAGACUCGACAGAUCGUCAAUGACUUGAGCGUCCUUCGGGGCAUGCUCUCGUCUGUUCUCUCCCUCGACGCCGUCUCCUUCUUGCAACAUUUAGAUACCAUCCAUGCAGCACAUUCGCCGCCUCCGGGGUCGACGAGGCAGAACCAGUCUCCUUGGUUGUUCCUUGACGCAGCGCAGACCAUCUUCGAGACCGCGCGGCGUCGAGUAUACUCUGCCAGCGCGAAAGCUGCAACAGCAGACGCCAACAUUGAUUCACUUCGCCCUGUUCUCGAAGAACAGCCAAAAUGGGCUUGGCUGGCGGACGUCUUGACAGAGAUUGACAAUAGCAUGCACUUUGACCCACCGGCCCGCGACGAUUCCAACGGGACCAUUCUCAUCAUGUGUGGGGAUACAAACACCUGUAGACAGCUUCGAGACUAUUUGCAAACUAUGUAUUUCAAGCCAAAGGUCGAGAAAGAUCCGACGAAAGACGAUGACGACGAAAACUCGGCAUCCGCAGCUUUCAUGAUGAGACGGAAGCUGCGUAACUAUCUGCGAUGGAAACGGGAAUUCGCCCAAGUCAACGCUACACUAUUUUCCGAAAACCAAAAGGCGCUGAAUGGCGCCACUGAUCGAAACGGCCAGCGGCUUCGGGGCAAGGCACCAUCGAACAAGCGCAGACGCAUGCGUGGCGGCGGUAUGGCGGGAACGGCCCAAGGGCGAGCCGACAACGGCAGCAUCCUCCAAUUCUUUGAGAAACCCACGGAUGUCGAAGACCUCAUGGCCGAGGUGCAAAUCACAGAGGAGGAAGCGGAACAAAAGCCGGAGAUCGUCACCGACCCCCUGGAGAACAUGGAGGACUUUUUCCAGCUGUACGAGAUGCAGGAUCUGGUCGUCAUCCACGCGUACGACGGAGACCAGGAUGAGCACGUGUUAGAAGAGGUGAAACCCCGGUACAUCAUCAUGUACGAGCCCGACGCCGCCUUCAUCCGCCGCGUCGAGGUCUACCGAUCAUCCCACAACGACAGAAACGUGCGGGUGUACUUCAUGUACUACGGCGAAUCGGUCGAGGAGCAGCGGUACCUGUCGAGCGUGCGGCGCGAAAAGGACGCCUUCACGAAGCUCAUCAAGGAGCGGGCGUCCAUGUCCCUGGUGAUGACGGUCGACCCCCACGGCGCCGAAGACCCGCAAGAGGCCUUCCUCCGCACAAUCAACACCAGGAUCGCCGGCGGCGGCCGUCUCGCCGCCACGGCGCAGCCGCCCCGCGUCGUCGUCGACGUGCGCGAGUUCCGCUCCUCGCUGCCGUCGCUCCUGCACGGGCGGUCCAUGAUCAUCGUCCCCUGCAUGCUCACGGUCGGCGACUACGUCCUCUCGCCCAACAUCUGCGUCGAGCGCAAGUCUAUUUCAGAUCUCAUCUCCUCCUUCAAGGACGGCCGCCUCUACGCGCAGUGCGAGACAAUGUUCCAGCACUACAAGAGCGCCAUGCUCCUCAUCGAGUUUGACCAGAACAAGUCGUUCACGCUGGAGCCCUUUGCCGACCUGUCGGGCAGCCUCAACAGCAUCGCGCCGACGAACACCUCGUCGGACCUGCAGUCCAAGCUCGUGCUGCUGACGCUGGCGUUCCCCAAGCUGCGCAUCAUCUGGUCGUCGUCGCCGUACCAGACGGCCGAGAUAUUCGAGUCGCUCAAGGCGCAGGAGGACGAGCCGGAUCCCAUCGCUGCGGUGCGCGCCGGGCUCGAUAAAGAUAUGCAGGCCGAGGACCAGGCUUUCAAUCUCGAGCCGCAGGAUAUGCUGGGCGCCGUGCCGGGGAUCAAUCCCAAGAAUAUCAUGCGACUCGUGCUGGCGACUGAGAAUCUGAGGGAGGUGGCCAACUUGACGGAGAGGGAGCUUGAGCCGAUGAUUGGGAAGGAGUCUGGGCGGCAGGUGUAUGGGUUCUUUAACCGUAAUGUUCUGGAAGAUUAGACAUGUAAAGACCAAAAUACAGCGCUCUCUUCAAUACCAGCGAGUUUCAUACCAUGGCGAAGGAUCUUUUCGACACGGUAGUGUACUUUUGUCAUUCAAUGUUACGUAGGAGUUCUUGGCGA